AUGUCCGAGCAAAGACAGCAGCGUCGUGGCAAAUCUCCCCGUCGUCCUCCUCCUGUCAGCCAGGGUCAAGCGUCUUCGAGGACUGAAUCCGCUUCUCAAACUCCAGUUCAAGCCCUGGCAGUCUCAAUCGAGACACCCGCGCGUGACCCCUCCAAUCGCCCACAGACACCUCACUCGCCCGCGCCAAACCUCAUUUUCCGCGUCCCGCAGUCUCCUCUUACUACGGCAAGUGAAUCGUCUCAAAGAGGUGGAAAAGUUGCCAUUCCACGGUUGAAGAGAUCGAUUGAUCCGUCCGAAGGUACCGCCCGGUCAGGAGGAAGACACCGGGUCAAUCAUGCAUGCGAACCGUGCCGCCACCGGAAGACCAAAUGUAGCGGGGAGCGGCCAGCGUGUAGACACUGUCAGGACUUCAAGAUUCCAUGCUUUUAUGCAGAUGGCAAAAGAGAUAGGGCAAAGAAGUCAGUCGAUAUCUUGACCGAGAAGGUGGCUGACUAUGAGAAGCUACUGAAAGAACUGAUAUCCAGGGUUGAUGAAGCCGAUGCAAGAUUAAUUCGAGCGUCACUAGAAAAGUCUACCUAUGACGCCGAAGAAACCCCUACAGAGGGUACGGCCGAGGGACAAUUAGCUCCGAUUGGUGAUGCUGAGGCAGAAGAGGAGUCUGGUGCAGAAUCAGAAGCUUCGGCGGGCGCUGGGUCGACGGGCGCACUCGAUAGAACCGAUGAAGAUUUCACCCGUGAGCAGGCCAGGAUGACGGGCUUCAUGGGCAAGAACUCGGAGGUCACCUGGCUCCAGCGCUUGCGCGAACAGAACAAUGCCUCGCUGACCUCGAAACGUCCAGUCGGUGACACGCAAGACCCGCUCUCAGAGGCGGAUGAAGGCUUCACUGUCAAAGAUUCCAGCUACCACAUGGACGACAUGUCGAUAUUCAUGUAUGAGGCCGUGGAUGCCUACGAGAUACCUACGCCUGACAUCGCCGACCACCUCUUCAAUGCGUAUAUGCAACGAGUGCACUCAUCCUUUCCAGUGAUUGGCAGACUAAAUCUCACAACUCAGUUCCGAAGGUUCAUCAGCGGCACGGUGCAGAGACCCCCCGAAAAAUGGCUCGCCAUCCUGAACUUAAUCUUCGCUAUUGGCGCCAAAUAUUCGCACUUGAUCAAAGCUGAAUGGAAAGGCGAUGAGCGGGAUCACCUUAUCUAUUUCACCCGAGCUCGACUGUUGAGUAUGAACUCCGAAACCAUCUUUCACCAUCCGGAUUUGCAGCAGAUCCAGGUAUUGGGCUUGAUGUCUUUCUACCUGCUGUGUAACAGCCAAAUCAACCGUGCGUGGAUGCUGAAUGGAAUUGCGAUCCGAGGAGCCAGCGCCCUGGGCCUGAACAUGCGCAACGACAGCAACGACUUGAAGGAUUCACUCAAGGAAAUCCGAUACCGACUCUGGUGGGCUCUCUACGCCCUGGAACACCGUCUGUGCAACAUGACCGGUAGAGUCAAUUGUAUAAUGGACGAUCACUGCACUACUCCCCUCCCCAUUCCGCUGGAAGAAGAACAAUUUGAGACCGAGGAAGGUCAGAGACUUCUGAGCAAGGAAAUACAACAGGGUGACCGUGCACCAUCUUCAAAUUCCCAGACCCCAAGUUUCGGAUCGACCCCGUCAACCGACCGCUCUCGUUCGCGGACCAAGGUCGACUCGCGUUCACCCUCAAUGCCUCCGGGUGUCAGAGCCGGUGACUUGGAAUGGGCAAAAGACGUGCCGCCUAACUCUUCAUUGUACUUUCUCCACGCGGUACAGUUGACUCGUCUGACACAGAACAUCUUCCAUAGUCUGUACAACCCAGCCUCGAUUAAAGGAACAUGGUCAGAAGUUCAGGCCAAGGUGAAGGACCUGGACGAACGUCUUGAACAUUGGUAUCGAAAACUGCCCCAAGCCUUUGCUUUUCGCCGAAACCAGCGUGAGCGAGGGUCUUACGAGUUUCGGUUGAACCUUGGAUUCUUUUACUACAGCACCAAAAUGACUAUCCAUAGACCUUGCCUUUGCCGACUCGACCGCAAGAUUCCGGGACAAUCAUCCAAAUCACUCGAAUUCAACCGGAAUUCUGCUGCCGCUUGCGUGGAGGCUGCAAUGGAGAUGCUUCAACUCAUUCCUGACAAGCCCAAUGCCGUUGGCCUGAUUCGGGUCGGCCCCUGGUGGAAUAUCAUACAUUGGCUGGUCCAAGCUACAACUGUAUUGAUGCUUGAAAUAUCUUUCAGAGCCAAUCAUAUGCCGGAAGAAGCAGAAGCUAUUCUGGAGUCAUGCAAGAAAGGCAUCCGCUGGUUGCAUGCGUUAGCAGAAGAUAACCUGUCCGCUAGGCGUGCCUGGGCAAUGUGUUUCGCAUUGUUUAAGGAAGCAGUUAAGAAGAUUGGGCGCGACGUCGACGACUUGCCACAGGAUCCUCCGGCAAAGCCUUCUCCCCUGAGCCAGGAUGCACCCAUGGCAAAUUACUCUACAGUUAGCCACCACCCUCUAUCCAGCAACUUGUAUGUGUCAGCACCGAACCCGCCUUCCAUGUACGGCACAAUACCAGAUCUGCGGAGUGCCCAGGCCUUUGCCGCGUUCGACCCAAUGAUGCGAUAUGACCAAUACUUUGCCCCAAAUUUGUUAAUGAACGAUCCCUCCAUGCAAUUUCAACAACCCACAGACGCAGAGAUCGAGUUUAUGAGUAAUGCCUACCACGAAGACUCAAGUCACCACCAGGGAGGCGGUGAGUCCAGUCAAGGACACAGGAUGAAUUGA